AUGUCAAACUCGCCGUGGAUGUCCGAAACGCAGCUAGUACGUUUUCGCGCCACAUCGGUGCAGGUUGCAGACGAAUACCUCAAGAAGCACAAUAUCAAGCUGCGGUGGAAAGAUAGUGAAAAGAUUGAUUUCCGUCGGCGCAUGUUGGAAUAA